AUGGCACACACAUCAUGCACAGACAAACCACUCGAGGCACUUAGCCAUAGUUGCAAAGGCCAAGCCAUGCAAAUCAUUGAGUGGCCUCCACGUGGCAAGGCAUGGUCCAAACAUGUCAAGCACUUGUCAGCUGUACUGGUUGACAUUCCAGCCACAUGUCAUGUUAUGGGGAUAUCUAGACCAGAUUAUGUGAAUCAAGUGUGGAUCAUAAUGAGAAGUCUCCUGAAGGUUAAAAGUACACAAGAAAAACACACCCUCCCUCUCCUUGCCCCAAGCUAUACGGAAAUGAAUUCUAAUACAUUUAAUCUCUGGGAGGUUCUGGAAGUGAUCAAAAAUCAAGCUAUGAUUCUGAGCCAGGAGCGGCAAGUACAGAUCAUAUAUGAUUCUCCUUCUGAAGUAUCAUCCAUGUAUUUAUAUGGUGACAACUUGAGGCUUCAGCAAGUCCUUGCAGAUUUUUUAGUAAAUGCUCUCAUUUUUACUCCAGGGUUUGAAGGGGCAUCUGUUCUGUUCAGGUUAAUUCCACGAAGAGAACGUAUAGGGACAAAAAUGCACAUCAUGCACCUUGAGUUCUGGUAA